UUGAAAUGGCUGCAAAAGUUCAAGUUGCAAAAGAUUUUAGAGUGAUAUACAGCAGAAGGAUCCACAGUGAUGGACGAGGGAGAGAGCACAGUGAGGUGGAGAUGUUAGAUGAUGAAGAUCAGCAUCCCGAUGUUGAGCUACAAGACGCUGAGGGAAGCACUCAGAAGAAGCUUGCAGCUGUGAAAAGGAGCUUUUUCAGCACUUUGAAAGUGAAGCUGGCAGUGCUGUAUCUUUUGUUUCUGGCUGGAAUCACCACACGAUAUAUUUUAGUCACUUUGGAGAAAGAGCAGCUGCAGAACAAAUACAACAAACUCAGCAACAAUUACAGCUUUUUCCAGGCUCAACUUGUAGAGAAGUGUCCUGAAGGGUGGAUGGGAUUUGGAAGCAGCUGUUACUUUAAAUCCACUGAGAGAAAGCACUGGCAUGACAGCAGGACAGACUGUCAGGAUAAAGGAGCUGAUCUGGUGAUCAUAAACAGCAAAGAGGAACAGAAAUUUGUCAGUGAACUCAGCAUGAGAGGAGAAUCCUGGAUUGGUUUGCAUGCCAUUCAGUUAACAAUAUCAGGAAGCUGGAAGUGGAAAUGGGAAUGGGUGAAUGGAGCACUGCUCACAGAGACGUGA